AUGCAUGUCGCGGGCUCCACACAUGUGGUAAUCAGACUUCUCAAGCUGCCAAAGAAUUGGUCAUGGGAGACGAGGGUGCCGAACGAACGGGAAGAGUUGCCUGAGCUGGACUGGAGUGAUCUAACGUCUGCGGACGGCGAAGCUAAAGAGCAGUGGGAGCAUGAAGACCCGAUCAGUGAAGAUCGUGGAGUAUCGUAUGAGGAAUGGGUGAGGGACCUCUACGAGAAGACGGAUGAUUCUCAGUCCGAUGAAGAAUCCGAAAGCGAGUCUGAGAGCGAGUCAGGUGAAAACUCUUGGAAGGGAGACUCGACUGGCGAAUAG